AUGCCGGUGCUGCAGGCAAGCUCUUCAGUUAGGACGGGGAGGAAAUGGAUUCUGAAGGUCCAAGGAAAGCGUCGGCCGGCGUGCUGCUUCCAGCUGCAGACGGACACGGAGCGUGCGCGCGCUCCGUUGCAGAGGAGCGCGGCAAUGGUGUCUUGCCAGCGGCAGGAGCAGAACAAGAGGAAGAUGAUGACUCCCCCUGUGAUUCUGAGACGGAUUCUGAAGGUCCAAGGAAAGCGUCGGCCGGCGUGCUGCUUCCAGCUGCAGACGGACACGGAGCGUGCGCGCGCUCCGUUGCAGAGGAGCGCGGCAAUGGUGUCUUGCCAGCGGCAGGAGCAGAACAAGAGGAAGAUGAUGACUCCCCCUGUGAUUCUGAGACGGAUUCUGAAGGUCCAAGGAAAGCGUCGGCCGGCGUGCUGCUUCCAGCUGCAGACGGACACGGAGCGUGCGCGCGCUCCGUUGCAGAGGAGCGCGGCAAUGGUGUCUUGCCAGCGGCAGGAGCAGAACAAGAGGAAGAUGAUGACUCCCCCUUUGAUUCUGAGACGGAUUCUGAAGGUCCAAGGAAAGCGUCGGCCGGCGUGCUGCUUCCAGCUGCAGACGGACACGGAGCGUGCGCGCGCUCCGUUGCAGAGGAGCGCGGCAAUGAAUCAACAAAUCUCAGAAUCUUCUGGAGCAGAGCAAGAGGAAGAUGUUGACUCCUCGUAUGAGAAUGAGGUACUUCCUCUUCUGGAGGUUUCUGCACUGGGGAGAGAAGAGCCUCAGCUAAAGAAGGAUGCUUCAACUCAAGCAGAUUGUCGCGGCGACAGACAGAGAUGGGUCAGGCAGCUGCAGCAGGAGCUUGCCGACGUGCUCAAAAAGAACUCCCUGGCAGAAGCUUCACUUGAAGCUAAGAAGCACUACAGCAGGGACCUGCAGGAACAGAAACUGCAGUUGCAGAAGGAACUGGACAGGUCUAAAGCUAAGCUGCAGGAAUUGAAAGAACGACAUAUCCGGACUGAGUGUUAUGCUGAGUCCCUGAAAAACGCCUUAAAGAAGAAGGAGAGGGAACUAACAACUUCCAGGAACCUGCAGGGCCUUCUGGCCACGUCUUCUGGAACUGCGGCUAUCCCAGAGCUGGAAGAACGCAUGCAACGGCUCCAAGUUGGAAAGGCCAGGCUGGAAGCCACAGCCCAGCAACAAGCCAAGACCAUUGAAGCCCUUCAGAAAGACCUGCAAGCCUCUGCCUCAGCUCGUAACGGCCUGGAGGACUUGAUAACUGGCUUUCAGACAACACGGACUGCAAAGGAACACCAACAUCAGCAGCGUGGGAGUGAAAGCAAGGAAGUGAAGAAGCUGGCCGAGAUGAAAUGCCGAUCAGAAGCGCUUCUGGACGAAAUGCGGGGAAGAAACGUCGCACUGCGGGAAGAACGUACCAGGUUGAAGAUGCUUCUGGAGGCAUCUCGGACAAAGCUGAUGGCAUAUGCGGGGAGAAAGAGAGCAUCCCAGCUCAGUUUCCCGGGAGAGAUGAAGAACAGCUGUUCUCAGGUGGCCAGCGAAGUUGGUAAACUAAGAAGAAAGCAGGUGACGAAUGCAGUCUCGAUGGCCCCCCACCUUACGGAUUUCCACAGAACUGGAGAUGCAGUCGAAAAAACGCAUGCAGCGGGCAAGACAAGACCAGGACCUGUGAGCAAAGUUGUCCGCUUUGCAUGGGACUCGGGAAGAACCGGGGCAGAACCAGGGCUUAACCUCAGAAGUCGUUGGGAGACUAGCAUGUCACAGCUGAAGGUCUAACACAGUUAGCGAUGAGAAGAUGCUGGAGCAGAGGAAGUGCCAGUGCCAGAAAACAAGGAGUGC